AGGCCCGCCGCCGCUCCGGCUCAAUCCCCCCGGGAGCUGGGGGGGAGGAGCUGCUCGGGCCGUGGGCUCGGAGGGCGCCGCGGGAGGCCAAAAGGGGCGAUGCCGAAGCAGAUCACCGAGAUCCGCCAGUUCCUGCAGAUUGCGCGCCGCAAGGAUGCCAAGUCAGUCAAGAUCAAGAAGAACGGCACGGAGACCAAGUUCAAGAUCAGGUGCGCCAGCUACCUUUACACGCUGAUCAUGGCCGACAAGAGCAAGGCAAGUGUGCUCCCAGAAGCCCGAGUGGCGUAUAAGCAAAUACGGCGGGCGUGCUCGCCCUGCUUCGGUCCCCGAGGCC